ACACCGUCAUUCAUUUAGGUGAUUUGGAUUUCCAGUAAGCGGUUUUGAGCUGACUACGAAUGGGAACAAGAUGCCAAUUUUGUUCCUGUAUUUAUUUAUCAAUUUUAUCGGAAAUAUCGAAGCCCGCCAAACAGACCCAGAUAGAGUACGAUUCUUAGAACCGGAAACAAAGUACAAAAAUAAUCGCCCAAAUCGUAGUCGCUCACUUCCUGAAGCCUUUAACAUAAGAACAAAUGAUUAUGACAAUAACAACGGCCGGUUCAGGUACCCGCGUAUGCCACUGAAAUUUCAUCAGACGUAUUCGCAGAGUCUAAAACCACCACUGAAAGUUUACGAACCUCGAGAAGACCCACGCCUUUUUUACCAAACUGAUGCGUAUCGUAAAGAAAUCGUGGGGAAAAACGCAAAUCAUUAUGAAGUUACAUUCACAUAUCCAGGCCAUGAAGUUGUCGGAUUAAGUGAAAAGAAAUACAGAAUACGAAAACCUUCUAAUAAACGAUUGCGAGAUCCACGUCAAGAAGCAGAUAUCAGAAAAGACAACAUUUGCAUACGUUGUCCAAAUGAUCGGACCUUGAUAGCGAGAACAGGUUACGAUAGAGUUUUACUUCAGCCUCCUCAUGUGUACACGUGCUCAGGCCUCAAAGCACCAAGAGAUAUCAGCUUUAUCCCGAUCCACGGACCGAAAUUUGGGUCCUUUAUACUAAAAGGAUCGCACGUAAUUUUUGGCAGAAUUAGUUACAACGGUCAGUCUUAUCACCUAUGCAAGAUGCAGGUUCACGUUAUAACUCAGACAUGCGCUACACCGCCAUAUUUAGUGUCACAUUGUGGAAUUCGUGAUAAACCUUGCAACUUUACCUGCCGUGAUCCACACGCAGAAAUAUUUGGAAAGACCUCCCUGCUGUGUGGAAGUGACAUGAAGUGGAAGGGCAAUCUGCCUCUGUGUAAAGUUCAAAAUUGGUGUAAAACACCUUCACCUCCACCUUACGGUCGUGUUAGUUGCAUUGGAGCGAUGGUGCCUGGUGGGUCUGGAUUUAUAGAAGAUUCGAAGUGUCGAGUGAGGUGUGCACGCGGAUAUCGUUGGCACCGGGCGGUUGCAGUGUGUCGCCAAGGCUCUUGGUCUGCUAAUCUUAAGUGCAUCUUAAAGUCACGUAUUCAGCUAUAAUGACAGGCUCACUUACUUUCUAAGACAUAGGUAGUGCAAGUAGUCGGUGGAAACAAAAAACUAGAUUACGAGUACUGUUUCUGCGUAGGGCUGUUCAUAGGAACCAAAUUGUAAUCAAACUUUAUAAUUAGAGCAACUGUCGUAUAUAUCGUAAUGCUGGGAAACGUGACCCAAUGUAGAAAAACAUACGUGCAUACUAUUACACCUGUCUACUAUUUUGCUUUCUUCACCGGUGUCAAUCUGUUCUUAGUAGUGUUAGGCUCAACUCACACUGGCGCAGAGUCGAAGCGUCGCGUCGCGUCCUGUUUUUCAACUGCAACGCUUGGCGACGCGCGUCGACGCUCACAUUAGAGCGCCCGAAUCACAGUGUGGUCGGCGUCUGACGCCUCACUGCGCUCAAGUGGCGCGCGCGAAGCGGCUCGACUGUAUCCAAGCGUCGACACCCGUUUCCAUAUUUGCAUAACACAAAUUUGUACCUUAAUAAUGGGAAAAUAGAGAUGAGUAUAUUCAUCUUUAUGAACACUUUCGCUGUACACUAAGAAAUUGGCAGAUGUUUAGUUUUGGUACAUAUUUUCAAAUUAUU